AUGAAUAACGGUACGCCAAGCGGCGUGACUAUAGAAGAUCAGUUACGACAUGUCGAUCGAGUUAUCAAGGAAUGCGAUCAAUCUCGUAAAUCACUCGAGGCUGUGAGCAGACGUUUGGAUGAUUUGCAUGACGAAGUGAAACGCUAUCGUGAUUUCCUUGGUCACGAGAAAGCGAGACGAGAUCCGGCGCUUUAUAAAACGAGCAACAUGGAGAAGGCCUCCGUCUACAAUGUCUCGAUUUGUGACACAAUGGGAAGUCUGACGAAUCAGCUGACUCAGGAAUGGAGCGAAAAACUGCGUGUGAUCCAUUCUCUUCUUACCUCACCGACUCCAUCCACUCCCGGCUCGAGAUCUUCGGAUAGAAAU